GGGGCGGCGCGCAGGCGCAGCGCGGUGCUCGGUGUGCCCCUGGCGCGGCGGGCGCGGCGGCGGGGGCGGCGCGCGCUCCCGCUUCCGGUGAGGUGUCAUGGCGGGCCCCGCGCGCUGAGGGCCCGCGACACCGGCACCGCCCGCGCGCACCCGCCGCUCCCCGGCCGGGCGGGCGGCGGCGGCGGGACAUGGCGGCGCACAAGCCCGUGGAGUGGGUGCAGGCCGUGGUGAACCGCUUCGACGAGCAGCUUCCAAUAAAGGCUUGCCAGCAGAAUACCCACACCAAAGUCAGCACGGAGCACAACAAGGAAUGUCUCAUCAACAUUUCCAAGUACAAGUUUUCCCUGGUCAUCAGUGGUCUCACCAAUAUAUUAAAAAAUGUUAAUAACAUGAGAAUAUUUGGAGAAACUGCUGAAAAGAAUUUAUAUCUAUCUCAGCUGAUUAUCUUGGAUACACUGGAAAAAUGUCUGGCAGGGCAACCCAAGGACACCAUGCGCCUGGACGAGACCAUGCUGGUGAAGCAGCUGCUGCCCGAGAUCUGCCACUUCAUCCACACCUACCGCGAGGGCAACCAGCACGCGGCCGAGCUGCGCAGCUCCGCCUCGGGCGUGCUCUUCUCGCUCAGCUGCAACAACUUCAACGCCGUCUUCAGCCGCAUCUCCACCAGAUUGCAGGAACUGACUGUUUGUUCAGAAGAUAAUGCUGAUGUCCAUGAUAUUGAACUUUUACAGUACAUCAGUGUGGAUUGUUCAAAACUCAAGCGACUCUUGCAAGAGACUGUUUUCAAGUUUAAAGCUCUUAAGAAAGUAGCUCAGUUAGCUGUUAUCAACAGUCUUGAGAAGGCAUUUUGGAACUGGGUGGAGAACUAUCCUGAUGAAUUCACAAAGCUGUACCAAACCCCCCAGACUGACAUGGCUGAUUGUGCUGAGAAGUUGUUUGAUUUAGUGGAUGGCUUUGCUGAAAGCACGAAACGUAAAGCAGCAGUGUGGCCACUGCAGAUCAUCCUCCUGGUCCUGUGUCCAGAGAUAAUCCAAGAUAUUGCAAAGGAUGUGGUAGAGGAAACUAAAAUGAACAAGAAGCUGUUCCUGGACAAUCUCAGGAAGGCCCUGGCAGGACACAGUGGGAGCAGGCAGCUGACUGAAAGUGCUGCUAUUGCUUGUGUUAAACUCUGCAAAGCAUCUACGUACAUCAACUGGGAAGAUAAUUCUGUCAUUUUCCUGCUGGUGCAGUCCAUGGUAGUAGAUCUUAAGAAUUUGCUGUUUAACCCAAGCAAACCUUUUUCAAGAGGCAAUCAGAAUGCAGAUGUAGACCUGAUGAUUGACUGCUUGGUUUCCUGCUUCCGCAUAAAUCCUCACAAUAACCAACACUUCAAGAUCUGCUUGGCACAGAAUUCCCCAUCAACAUUUCAUUAUGUGCUGGUAAAUUCACUCCACCGAAUCAUCACAAACUCGGCGCUGGACUGGUGGCCGCGGAUCGACGCCGUGUACUGCCACGCCGUGGAGCUGCGCAGCAUGUUCAGCGACACGCUGCACCGCGCCAUGCAGGGCUGCGGGGCGCACCCCGCCAUCCGCAUGACCCCGAGCCUUACAUUUAAGGAGAAGAUGACAAGCCUUAAAUUUAAAGAAAAACCUACUGAUUUGGAAACCAGAAGCUACAAGUUCUUGCUGUUGUCCUUGGUGAAACUGAUCCAUGCAGAUCCAAAGCUUUUGCUGUGUAACCCCAGGAAGCAGGGCCCCGACUCGCAGGGCAGCACGGCCGAGCUGAUCACGGGGCUGGUGCAGCUGGUGCCGCAGUCCAGCAUGCCCGACAUCGCCCAGGAGGCCAUGGAGGCCUUGCUGGUUCUGCACCAGUUGGACAGCAUUGACUUGUGGAAUCCUGAUGCUCCUAUAGAAACAUUCUGGGAGAUCAGUUCACAAAUGCUUUUUUAUAUCUGCAAGAAGCUUACAAGUCAUCAGAUGCUCAGCAGUACAGAAAUCCUCAAGUGGCUGCGAGAGAUUCUCAUCUGUAGGAAUAAAUUUCUGCUAAAAAACAAACAAUCAGAUAGGAGUUCCUGCCACUUCCUUUUCCUUUAUGAUGUCUCUGGAGGUGGAACUAGUCAAAUUUCUCUUGACCAUGAGGAAAUGAUGCGCUGUGCACCAGGGGCUACCCUGAGGAAAGCGAAGGGGAAUUCUUCCAUAGAGAGCGCUGCCGGAUGCAGCGGAACCCCCAUCUGCCGCCAAGCCCAGACCAAGCUGGAAGUGGCCUUAUACAUGUUCCUGUGGAGCCCAGAUAUCGAGGCAGUCCUGGUGGCCAUGUCCUGCUUCCGUCACCUCUGUGAGGAGGCCGACAUCAGAUGUGGAGUAGAUGAGGUCUCAGUGCAUAAUUUUUUGCCAAACUACAACACUUUCAUGGAGUUUGCAUCUGUGAGCAACAUGAUGUCAACAGGGAGAGCAGCUCUUCAGAAGAGAGUGAUGGCGUUACUGAGGCGCAUUGAACACCCCACUGCAGGCAACACAGAGGCCUGGGAGGAUACACAUGCAAAAUGGGAACAAGCUACAAAACUAAUCCUUAACUAUCCAAAGACCAAAAUGGAAGACGGGCAGGUGACCGAGAGCCUGCACAAGACCAUCGUGAAGCGGCGGAUGUCGCACGUCAGCGGCGGCGGCUCCAUCGACCUGUCGGACACGGAGUCGCUGCAGGAGUGGAUCAACAUGACAGGAUUCCUGUGUGCCCUGGGCGGGGUGUGCCUGCAGCACCGCAGCAGCACGGGGCUGGCCACCUACAGCCCCCCCAUGGGCCCCCUCAACGAGCGCAAGGGCUCCAUGAUCUCCAUGGUCUCCACCGAGGGCAGCGUGGAGACCCCGGUCAGCAAAUUCAUCGACCGCCUGCUCACCCUGAUGGUCUGCAACCACGAGAAGGUGGGGCUGCAGAUACGCACCAACAUCAAGGACCUGGUGGGGCUGGAGCUCAGCCCAGCGCUUUAUCCUAUGCUCUUCAACAAGCUGAAGAAUACCAUCAGCAAGUUCUUUGAUUCUCAAGGACAGGUCUUGCUAACUGAUACCAACACACAAUUUGUAGAGCAAACCAUUGCUAUAAUGAAGAAUCUGCUGGACAAUCACACAGAAGGGAGCUCAGAACACCUUGGACAGGCGAGCAUUGAGACCAUGAUGCUGAAUCUGGUUAGGUAUGUGCGUGUGCUUGGAAAUCUGGUACAUGCCAUUCAAAUAAAAACAAAGCUCUGUCAGUUGGUAGAAGUAAUGAUGGAAAGGAGAGAUGACCUUUCAUUUUGUCAGGAAAUGAAAUUUAGGAACAAAAUGGUGGAAUAUUUGACAGACUGGGUAAUGGGAACUUCUAAUCAAGCAACAGACGAGGAUGUGAAAUGCUUGACAAGAGAUUUGGACCAGGCAAGCAUGGAAGCAGUGGUCUCUCUUCUUGCUGGGCUUCCACUCCAGCCUGAAGAAGGAGAUGGUGUUGAGUUGAUGGAAGCAAAAUCUCAAUUAUUUCUCAAGUACUUCACGCUGUUCAUGAACCUGCUGAACGACUGCAGCGAGGCGGAGGAGGACGGCGCGGCGGCGGGCGGGCGCAAGCGCGGCAUGUCGCGCCGGCUGGCGUCGCUGCGGCACUGCACCGUGCUGGCCAUGUCCAACCUGCUCAACGCCAACGUGGACAGCGGCCUCAUGCACUCCAUAGGCUUGGGCUAUCAUAAAGACCUCCAGACCAGAGCCACGUUUAUGGAAGUCCUCACCAAAAUCCUGCAGCAGGGGACAGAGUUUGAUACCUUGGCAGAAACGGUGCUGGCAGAUCGGUUUGAGAGAUUGGUGGAGCUGGUUACAAUGAUGGGUGAUCAGGGGGAGCUUCCUAUUGCUAUGGCUUUAGCCAAUGUGGUGCCUUGUUCUCAGUGGGAUGAGCUGGCUCGUGUCCUGGUCACCCUCUUUGAUUCCCGGCACCUGCUCUACCAGCUCCUCUGGAAUAUGUUCUCAAAGGAGGUCGAGUUGGCUGACUCCAUGCAGACACUCUUCAGAGGAAACAGUUUAGCCAGUAAAAUAAUGACUUUCUGUUUUAAGGUCUAUGGUGCUACAUACUUGCAGAAGCUGCUGGAGCCCUUGCUGCGGACUGUGAUCACAUCCCCUGAGUGGCAGCACGUCAGCUUUGAGGUGGAUCCAACAAGGCUGGAGCCCACAGAAAGCCUUGAAGAGAACCAGCGGAGUCUCUUGCAAAUGACAGACAAGUUUUUUCAGGCAAUCAUUAAUUCCUCCUCGGAGUUCCCACCCCAGCUGCGCAGUGUGUGCCAUUGUUUAUACCAGGCAACUUGCCACUCUCUACUGAAUAAAGCUACCGUAAAAGAAAAAAAGGAAAACAAAAAAUCAGUGGUGAGCCAGCGCUUCCCCCAGAACAGCAUCGGGGCCGUGGGCAGCGCCAUGUUCCUGCGCUUCAUCAACCCCGCCAUCGUGUCCCCGUACGAGGCGGGCAUCCUGGACAAGAAGCCCCCGCCCCGCAUCGAGCGCGGCCUCAAGCUCAUGUCCAAGAUCCUUCAGAGUAUUGCCAACCACGUGCUGUUCACGAAGGAGGAGCACAUGCGGCCUUUCAAUGACUUUGUGAAGAGCAAUUUUGACGCGGCGCGCAGGUUUUUCCUGGACAUCGCGUCCGACUGCCCGGCCAGCGACACCGUCAACCACAGCCUGUCCUUCAUCAGCGACGGCAACGUGCUGGCGCUGCACCGCCUGCUCUGGAACAACCAGGAGAAGAUCGGCCAGUACCUGUCCAGCAACAGGGACCACAAGGCUGUUGGACGACGACCUUUUGACAAGAUGGCAACGCUUCUUGCCUACCUGGGGCCUCCUGAGCACAAACCUGUGGCAGAUACACAUUGGUCCAGCUUAAAUCUCACUAGUUCCAAGUUUGAAGAGUUUAUGACAAGGCAUCAGGUACAUGAAAAAGAGGAGUUCAAAGCACUGAAGACAUUAAAUAUUUUCUACCAAGCUGGGACAUCCAAAGUUGGCAAUCCUGUUUUCUACUACAUCGCUCGGCGGUUCAAGACUGGUCAGAUCAACGGGGAUUUGCUGAUCUACCACGUGCUGCUGACCCUGAAGCCAUACUAUGCAAAGCCAUAUGAGAUCGUGGUGGACCUCACACACGCUGGCCCCAGUAAUCGCUUUAAAACAGACUUUCUUUCUAAAUGGUUUGUAGUUUUUCCAGGCUUUGCUUAUGAAAAUGUUGCAGCAGUUUUUAUUUAUAACUGUAACUCUUGGGUCAGAGAAUACACCAAAUACCAUGAAAGGCUCUUGACAGGUUUGAAAGGGAGCAAAAGGCUUGUUUUCAUAGACUCUCCAGGGAAGCUGGCAGAGCACAUCGAACACGACCAGCAGAAACUCCCUGCAGCUACCUUGGCUUUGGAGGAGGACUUGAAAGUGUUUCACAAUGCUCUCAAACUGGCUCAUAAAGACACCAAAGUUUCUAUUAAAGUUGGCUCAACUGCGGUGCAGGUGACGUCGGCAGAGCGCACGCGGGUGCUGGGCCAGACCGUGUUCCUCAACGACAUCUACUACGCCUCUGAGAUCGAGGAGAUCUGCCUGGUGGAUGAGAACCAGUUCACCCUGACCAUCGCCAACCAGGGCACCCCGCUCACCUUCAUGCACCAGGAGUGCGAAGCCAUCGUCAGGUCCAUCAUCCACAUCCGCACGCGCUGGGAGCUGUCCCAGCCCGACUCCAUCCCCCAGCACACCAAGAUCCGCCCCAAGGACGUGCCCGGGACGCUGCUCAACAUCGCCCUGCUCAACCUGGGCAGCUCCGACCCCAGCCUGCGGUCUGCUGCCUAUAAUCUUCUAUGUGCCUUAACCUGUACCUUUAAUUUAAAGAUUGAGGGCCAGUUACUGGAAACUUCAGGUCUGUGUAUUCCUGCCAACAACACACUAUUUAUUGUAUCUAUCAGUAAGACUCUUGCAGCAAACGAGCCACACCUCACCUUGGAGUUCUUGGAGGAGUGUAUUUCAGGAUUUAGCAAAUCCAGCAUUGAGCUGAAGCACCUGUGCCUGGAGUACAUGACCCCCUGGCUGUCCAACCUGGUGCGCUUCUGCAAGCACAACGACGACGCCAAGCGCCAGCGCGUCACUGCCAUCCUGGACAAGCUCAUCACCAUGACCAUCAACGAGAAGCAGAUGUACCCUUCCAUCCAGGCCAAGAUAUGGGGCAGCCUGGGACAGAUAACAGAUCUCCUGGAUGUAGUGCUGGACAGUUUCAUCAAAACCAGUGCCACGGGGGGCUUGGGCUCCAUCAAAGCUGAGGUGAUGGCAGACACAGCUGUAGCACUGGCUUCUGGCAACGUCAAACUGGUGUCAAGCAAAGUGAUUGGGAGGAUGUGUAAAAUCAUUGACAAGACCUGUCUGUCCCCCACGCCCACGCUGGAGCAGCACCUGAUGUGGGAUGACAUUGCCAUUCUGGCUCGGUACAUGCUCAUGCUCUCCUUCAACAACUCCCUGGACGUGGCUGCACAUCUCCCCUACCUCUUCCACGUGGUGACUCUGCUGGUGGCCACGGGGCCCCUUUCCCUCAGAGCUUCCACCCACGGGCUCGUCAUCAACAUCAUUCACUCUCUUUGCACUUGUUCACAGCUUCACUUCAGUGAGGAGACCAAGCAAGUGUUAAGGCUGAGCUUGACUGAGUUCUCUCUGCCCAAGUUCUAUUUGCUGUUUGGGAUCAGCAAGGUGAAGUCGGCGGCGGUGAUCGCCUUCCGCUCCAGCUACCGCGACCGCUCCUUCUCGCCCGGCUCCUACGAGCGCGAGACCUUCGCCCUCACCUCGCUGGAGACGGUCACCGAGGCCCUGCUGGAGAUCAUGGAGGCUUGUAUGAGGGAUAUUCCAACAUGCAAGUGGCUGGACCAGUGGACUGAGCUAGCUCAGAAGUUUGCAUUCCAGUACAACCCCUCCCUGCAGCCAAGAGCACUGGUUGUCUUUGGCUGUAUAAGUAAACGAGUGUCUCAUGGACAAAUAAAACAAAUAAUCCGAAUUCUCAGCAAGGGACUUGAGAGCUGUUUAAAAGGCCCUGAUAAUUACAAUAGCCAAGUUCUAAUAGAAGCCACAGUUAUAGCCCUCACCAAGCUGCAGCCUCUUCUUAACAAGGACUCCCCUAUGCACAAGGCUCUGUUCUGGGUGGCCAUGGCCGUGCUGCAGCUGGAUGAGGUGAACCUGUACUCAGCAGGGACAGCCCUGCUGGAGCAGAACCUGCACACCCUGGACAGCCUGCGCGUGUUCAACGACAAGAGCCCAGAAGAAGUGUUCAUGGAGAUCAGGAGACCAUUGGAAUGGCACUGCAAGCAGAUGGAUCAUUUUGUUGGGCUAAAUUUCAACUCCAACUUUAACUUUGCACUAGUGGGACAUCUCCUGAAAGGGUACAGGCAUCCUUCCCCUACCACUGUAGCAAGAACAGUGAGGAUUUUGCACACACUCCUUGCUCUGGUUAACAAACACAGGAACUGUGACAAGUUCGAGGUGAACACCCAGAGCGUGGCUUACCUGGCAGCCCUGCUGACGGUGUCGGAGGAGGUGCGGAGCCGCUGCAGCCUCAAGCACAGGAAGUCUCUCUUGCUGACAGACAUUUCAAUGGAAAACGUUCCCAUGGACACAUACCCCAUCCACCACAGUGACACCAGCUAUAGGACACUAAAGGAACACCAGCCCUGGUCAUCCCCCAAGGGGUCAGACAGACACCUGGCUGCCAGUUACCCAACAGUGGGACAGAUCAGCCCUCGCACCCGGAAAUCCAUGAGCUUGGACAUGGGGCAGCCUUCACAAGCCAACACUAAAAAGCUUCUAGGUACAAGGAAAAGUUUUGACCAUUUGAUAUCGGACACAAAGGCUCCUAAAAGGCAAGACAUGGAAUCUGGAAUCACAACGCCUCCCAAAAUGAGGAGAGUAGCCGAAAAUGAUUAUGAAAUGGAAACCCAGAGAAUAUCACCACAGCAGCACCCACACCUCCGGAAAGUUUCUGUUUCCGAGUCAAACGUUCUCCUGGAUGAAGAAGUUCUGACUGACCCAAAAAUUCAAGCACUGCUGCUUACAGUUCUUGCCACGCUGGUGAAAUACACCACGGACGAGUUCGACCAGCGCAUCCUCUACGAGUAUUUAGCAGAAGCCAGCGUCGUCUUCCCAAAGGUCUUUCCUGUUGUGCAUAAUUUAUUGGAUUCCAAGAUCAAUACCCUUUUAUCGCUGUGCCAGGACCCAAACUUGUUGAAUCCAAUUCACGGGAUUGUGCAGAGUGUUGUCUACCAUGAGGAGUCUCCACCCCAAUACCAAACAUCCUAUCUACAGAGUUUUGGAUUUAACGGGCUGUGGAGGUUUGCUGGCCCCUUCUCCAAGCAAACCCAAAUCCCAGACUAUGCUGAGCUCAUAGUGAAGUUCCUUGAUGCCUUGAUUGACACAUAUUUGCCUGGAAUUGAUGAGGAAACCAGUGAAGAAUCUCUCCUGACCCCCACGUCUCCAUAUCCUCCAGCGGUGCAGAGCCAGCUCAGCAUCACUGCAAACCUCAACCUCUCCAACUCCAUGACCUCACUUGCCACUUCCCAGCACUCCCCAGCUUCUCUGCCUUGCUCUAAGUCUGCAGUUUUCAUGCAGCUGCCUCAUCCAGGGAUCGACAAGGAGAACGUGGAGCUCUCGCCCACCGCCGGCCACGCCAACAGCGGGAGGAUGCGCCACGGCUCCGCCAGCCAAGUUCAGAAGCAGCGAAGCGCCGGCAGCUUCAAGCGUCACAGCAUCAAAAAGAUCGUGUGAUUGUCGCUUUGUAAUUUUAUUUUUUAUUUUUGGACCUGACUGACACGCGCGGCCCCUCGCGGAGGGCCCUGCGCCGGGUGUGAUGCUGCACUUGAGCUGUACAGUUCCCAUCCAGCCGCUGCCAGAUGAUCAACUCCUGACCCACUGCCUGAGUUAACGCCUUCAUCCCCGAGCCGGGCUCCAGCCGUGCUCGGAGCCGCGCUGUGCCCCGGGCGAGGCUGGAGUUCUGGAGCGCUGCAGAGCCGCGGCCCCUUCGAAUCCAAAGCCAUUCCCCAGCCCUGCCAUGUCUGCUCUGGCCUCAGGUGUUCCUGCCAAGGGAAGUGUUGAUCCUUAACCCUGUUUGCACGCCUCAAGGUAGUAGUGGCUUCCUGAGCCGGGGAAGUUUCUCUAACCCUGGUUUUAACCCAAACCUAUAAGAUUUUAGCUGUGUACUUUUUUUUUUACCACACUGAGAAGUUAAUGAUAGCUGCAGUACAAGGAGCUUAACAGAAGUGGUGGAUUAGGUUAAAUUUCAGGUAAUUAGCAAUAAAGGGGAGAGGAAAAGGAGGCUGCAGGAGUCCCUCAUUCCCCAGACCAAGCUUCACACACUUGGACUGUACGUGGACCAGACUGGACAAACUGGCUUUUUUCCCAAAGCUUUUUUUUGUUUUUUGUUUUUUUUUUUUUUUUUUUUUUUUUUUUUUUUUUUUUUUUUUUGUUUUUUUGUUUUCUCUAUACUUUACCUUCCCUGAGGAAGUUGUACAGGGGAAAAUCCCUGGGAACUGAGCCUUGAGAUGUCAUUGUAGCACCUGCUUUAGUUCUGCCCCUCCCAAAAACGUGCACCUUCAGGAGCUCCUGGCAGAAUAUCCAGUGGGGAAUGGAGGGAGAAUGGGAUGGAUGCAUUCCCCGCUCUGGGGAUGGUGUGUGGCAAAGCCACCCUGCGCUGCCCGAGCGGGGACACAAACAGCCACGUCUGCUGAAGGUACAUGAGUUUCAAUCAGCUGACACUGUGUCCAGUCUGGCGGUGGCGCGGUCCCUCCCGGGGCGGCUCAGGCUCCCGCGGGGCUUACACAAACCUGAGGCUGCUGUCACCGCCAGGGCUGCGGGUGGCAGCCGGGCCCACGCCGCGGGCUGGCGAGGGAGGAGCCGGCGCUGGUCCCGCUGCGGGUGCCGGUGCCCCGCGGGGUGUCUGAGUCGGGGCGAGCUGGAGUUCUGGCAGGGGCUGUGUCCCUGGGGCUCACACAGCUCCUGCUCAGAAACAGAUCCACUUCCCCGCUUCCCAGUUUCAGAUCCCUCUGCUGUGGUAGGAAUUAACCGUGGCUUUAAAGGAGAAAAAAAGCAUAUCCAUUAGGUGAAGGCCAGUCCUCCAGUGUAAGAUUGGGUUCUGGACAGGCUGUUCAGGUCCAGCCCAGCCAGCUGUGACCCCAGCCCACACGAUCUUACAUGGACAAAAGGCAAGAGACGAGAAGUGCUCUUCUCCACAUGGGGACAAAUGCCCUAAGUUUAUUUCCAGGUGACCCUCCAGAUGGAAAAGAGACCUGUCGCCUCAUGGCAGGAGACUUUUAAACCCGGGAAUGGGGGCGGAGGAGCAGGACCGCAGUCAGUGGCACGCAGGUGAGGAGGGGCGAGGGGAGGGUAACCCAGGAACAGACCACCAACACUAAUGGGGGAAAAGGGGGGGACCAUGUGGUGAUAGGAUACAGAUCAUGUGAACAGUGCAAAUUACCAAACACCCAGUGCAAAUAACUAAAUAACUGUUUAGUGCAAUACGACACUCCAGUGCAAUCGUUAGUGGCUUUCAGUAAAUCCAACUCCACGGCUAAAUUAUUAGAGAAUGGUACAAUUAAGGGUUCCAAUUUAUUGCUAUAGCACAUAAUUCCCAUGUAUCCACACAGUAACAAUGUAACAUUUAUGUAAAUAAAAAUACCUUUAUUGUAUUGAUUCAUUAAAUAACAAUUUCUUUAAUUUGUUUACAGUCCUGGAAAAACUAUGAACACAAACUUCGUAUGCAAGUAGUUUGCCAAAACUAGAGGAAAACUUAGAAUUAGCAGUCAUGGAAUGAACAGGCUAGAAAGAUGAACUGGUGCAAUUAACCACAUCCCCUCACUCGGGCGGUGCAGGCGCCAGGCAGGAACGUGGUCACUGGUGACACAGGGUGGGGUCUGAGCAGGGCCACGAGGCUGAGCUGGGCUCAGGGACAGAGCAGGGGCUCAGGCCUUGGGUUUGGGGUCCCCAGGUUAGAAACCAUUGUCAUCUCACAACUCGGAUUGCGAGGAGCCACCCCUGGUGCCACUGGGCUUUGCACUGGGUUGUGCCCAGUCGAGCUGGUUCCAGCCCUUCCCGUUUUGCUGAGGACAAGGAAUUGUAGAAGCCUGAGGAUUUGUACGUAGGAGGAAAGCAAUGUCUGGUAAAGGUGGUGUGCUGUUUUCAGCCGUUUCUCAUAGGAGCAGAUCUGCAGACAGGAACAGUAAUUCCAGAGGAACUGCCUGACUGAUUCUGUUUGGGCAGAGAGCAAGCCCUUCCCUGUUCUGCAUCGCCCAUGUCAGAAGUGUCCCUCCAACACAGCUGCUGUGUUCCCUGCAGCACAGAGAUGUGGGAGCAGAGGGGACAGGGAUCAAAGUCACCCUCCCUGUGAAAACUACUCCAGGCUCUCAGUCCCAGCUGAAAAAUGGUCUCUUCAUAAAGUCAGUGAACAAAAUUGAAUUUCCUCUUUCCUGGAAGGAGUCAGUUGGAGUUUUCCUUGUGGGAGAGGUUCAGUGAGAGGGCCUGGACUCUGGCAGAGCAGAGGUAUCAGACACCUGUGUUGGGUAACGGGUGAAUUGGGGUGUAAGGACUGCUGAUGGCCAAGGCUGAAUUUGGGAUCGUGUGUGCCCUGAUAGACAGGAACGUUGUGUCCUAGUACUGGUGCUUGGGAAGCUUGUGCUUGGCUCCCAGGGAACCAUGGCCUUUGUGGAAUGAUUAAACUCCCAUCAGUAAUUAGUUGUUGAGUGCCUUACUGUCACUGCAUCGCUCUCCCGCUCCCUCCAGCAGCCACUGCUGGGAUUUGCGUCUUUUUCUUUCUCUCAUCCUCCUUCCUUCGUUCUUUCCCUGUUUGAGCACUCUCCAUCCCGUUCCAUCCCUGGGAGCUCUGCUCCCAUCCCGGGCUGCUCCAUCCUUUCUCCACCUGCUGCUCUGUUCUCUGGUUGUUGCUGGUGACAGUGCGGGUGUGAGCCCUGACCUGACAUGCAGGAGCCCCGUCCCAGGGUCCCCAGUGCCACUGGCAGAGGCUGCUGCUCCAGGCUCUGCUGCUCCAGGCUCUGCUGCUCCAGGCUCUGCUGCUCCAGGCUCUGCUGCAGGGCUGGAGCUGCAGCCCCUGAGUCCCUGUGCUCUGACAUGAAAACUUCAAAUCCAUGAAAAUGCGAUUGGAACGCGUGGACCAUGUAGCGCCCUCCCGGGGAGCGAGCGAGCCCUGGCUCAGAGCCCGUUCCCUGCCCCACACUGACCACAGCUCAGUACUGUAAAGGCGAUUAACAUUCUGUUUGUGUUUGUAUUUUCCCUGACUCAAAGAUAACUCGGUAGUAUUUGAAUAGUGCAUAACCUACCUGUAACGAUGCCGACGUUUCUGCUUUACCGUGCAUGAGGUUUCCCAGGACAGGGAGCGUUUCGCUGAGUCUCGUGGGCUGAGCCCCUGGCACGUGCCAGGGCUGGCUCUGACCCAGGUUGUAGGUUUUAGGGCUUUUUCUCUUUCAUUCUAAGGUUAAUUUUUUUCCGAAGUCACAAAGCACGUCCUAUUGUAAUGCAACAAACCACAGACAGUAACUCAGAGUGUUGGUCCCACCUUUUUUUUUAUGCAGUAUAUUCACCUGUAAAUAGGUUUUGUGUAAAAUUUGACAGAAAAGUAUAUUUACUACACUGUAAAUACAUGUGACAAUAUAUUGUAUUAUUUUGCUUUUUUUGUAAAGCAGUUAGUUGCUGUAUAUGUAUAACAUACAAAUUUGAUUAUUCUAGUGUUAGUAACUGUUAACUCCUCCUCCUCCCUCCUGCUGGUGCAUUCCAUCAUUCCAACCAGGAGCUGUGUCCCACACACUCACCCCGUGUGUGCUCUCACUGCUUCCCUGCGGCCUCGGCCGCCCACGGUUCCCGUGCUGCCAGACCCGGGCUGAGCCUGCAGAGCCCGCUGCUCCCAGCCUCGGGCCCGUGGGAGCUGGGGCUCACAGUGGUGGAAACCUGGUUUCAGAUAAUGAUUGUUCACCCCAUUCUCCCCUCAUGUAUGUACUUCCCCCUUUUUUUUGAAGUAAAAUGUAAAUUCAACCUGCUCCCAGUUGUUCGAAGGUCAUUCCGGGGGCUGCAGGGUGAGCCUGGUGGACGCCGAUGUCCUCUCCCUGGUGGAACGAGUUUGGGUGGGUUCUUUGGGGCUGAACCAAGGGAUCCAGCCCACUUACAGAGCCCAACACCCCACUUUUCCUGGGGAAAAUUAAAAUUCCACUUAAAAUCGAGUGUCUGGGGUUUGUCUUCCCAGACUGGUGCUGCUCUGGGUGUGGGAUCCUGCACAGAUCUGAGAUUGCCUGCGGUGACUGAGGAAGAAGAAAGCCCAUUGUCAUGAAUUCCAUGUCACUUCAAUAAGAUUAUCAUAACUGAAUAAUAAAUCAGAAUAUUUCUUUUUAAAAUGUAAAUUUAAUAUUGUAAUAAAACAGCUGCUUGGUCUUUAAAGAA